AAUUUACAUUCAAAUGUGAGUACCAUUUUGCAAACAAGCUUAGAAAAACAUGGAACAAGUCAAGUUUCUGAAAUGUUUUGGAAGUUUUCCAAAACUUGAUAAGUUUACAAUUGUUAACAAACGUUUCACACUCUCCUUUUUAAUGUGUAUUGGAUUUACAAUAAUGUCUUCUGGAAUUUUGUUGACUCAUGGAAACAGAUGUUUGAAUUCAUCGCAUGGAGAGAUUGAUGAUCCGUUCGUACACCUCUCAAGUUUUUUUAUAGGCUACAUAAUAAUCCAAGUUCCAGCUGCUUGGGUUAGUUUAAAAUUCACACCCAUAAUUUGGUUUGGCCGAACUAUUUUUGUCUACGCAAUUUUAUUAUUUGCAGUAGCGUUAUUUGCAAAUCUUGGUUACGUAUUUCUGGUAGUAUUGAAAUUCUUUGAAGGUGCGUUAUCAGGAAUAGCAUUUAUAGUAUGCAAUGCAGCUUGGAAAAAUUGGACACCUGCUGCUGAACGGUCUACGUUACUCACAUUCGCUUUAGCUGGAGGUUAUCUAGGUGAUUUCUUUGGGAUAUUAAUGUCUAUAUUUUGUACAUCAAUACCAUCUUGGAGGUUAAUAUGUUGUAUGAUUGGGAGUUUUGGUAUAAUAUGGUGGUUAGUUUGGGAGCGUACAGUAUAUGAAACACCAAAUAAACAUCCAACCAUAAGUGAUGAAGAACUUAAUCAGAUCCAUCCAAUUAUUGCACAAGAAAUACGACCAACUGAAAGUGUAUCAUUCAAACAAAUUAUUUUGUCAACGCCGUUUCUAGUACUGCUAGCUGUUAAUAUUGUUAGAUCUUGGAAUGCUAGGUUUUCAAGGUAUCUUGCAGAGGAUAUCAUCAUUAUUAGUUUUAUAAAAUUCACUUCAUUUCCAUUAUCGGGAUAUUUGGCUGAUGUUUUGGUACGAAAAACAUCAUUAACAAGAACAAAUGUUCGCAAAUUAUUCAUUGUUGGUGUCACUUUGUUGGAAGCUGUUUAUUUCUUUACAUCAAUGUAUCAUGACCAUUUAAACAAGGGAAGUUGGUUAUACUUGAUUUCAUUUUUAAUGCAUAUACUAUAUGAUGUCGCAUUUAGUGCAGUCAGCAUAAAUGCUGUCGAUAUAGCACCAAGUCAUGCUGGUGUUACAGUUGCCAUAACGAAUAUUAUUUCACAUAUUAUCACCACAUUUCGGUACAAUAUUUAUGUUCUUCUGAAGGAAAUAGGUUGGAAUGAUGUGACAAAUUACAUUGCAAUUGUUGGACAUUUAAUUGUUGGAGUAGUAUUUGGAAUCUAUGGUACUGCAGAACCUGUCACCGUGAAAGGACAAUAAAACUUACUAUUUAUAGAUAGAUUUUCUAAGA